UGUCAGUCUCAGCGGACGCCAUCUUAGCUAACGGAAGAGAGAGGAAGGUUGCAUGUUAGCCGACAUACGUUUAUUUUAAAAUAUCUAAAAAGGCGAAAGAGGCGUUGUGUGCAGACUUUAAACAAGAGUGAAGACUCUUACGCCAAGAAAUGGCAACGGGAGCCAACGCAACCCCGCUGGGGAAGCUACACCCGAGCAUCGGCGCCAAGCGAGGCUUCGACUCCGGGCCCGGUGCGGGAUUAAUGGCUCCGCCCGGGCCUCCAGUGUCUUUCCCGCUGCAGAACUUUCAGCCACCGCAAUUGACCAACCCAGUCUUUUCCCAGUUUCCCGUAGCCGUGAGUUCUGCUCUCUCAAACCCAAUCGGAGUCGGGAUACAGUCACAGGCGGGAGUAGGAGUAGGAGGAGAUUUUGGGCAGAAGAAGCGAAAAAAGAGCCGGUGGAGCAGUGAGACCCCCGAUCAGAAGACCGUUAUCCCAGGCAUGCCCACCGUUAUCCCACCCGGGCUGAGUCGCGACCAAGAGCGUGCUUAUAUAGUCCAACUGCAGAUUGAAGACCUGACACGUAAACUGCGUACAGGAGACCUGGGAAUCCCUGUUAACCCUGAGGACAGGUCGCCGUCUCCUGAGCCCAUCUACAACAGUGAGGGGAAAAGACUUAACACGCGUGAAUACCGCACACGCAAGAAACUGGAAGAGGAGAGACAUUCACUCAUUACUGAGAUGGUGGGACUCAAUCCUGAAUUCAAACCACCUGCUGACUACAAACCACCAGCCACACGGGUUAGCGAUAAAGUGAUGAUUCCUCAGGACGAAUAUCCAGAAAUCAACUUUGUUGGGCUUCUCAUUGGGCCACGUGGCAACACCCUGAAGAACAUCGAGAAGGAGUGCUGUGCUAAGAUCAUGAUUCGUGGGAAAGGCUCAGUGAAGGAAGGGAAAGUGGGCCGCAAAGAUGGCCAAAUGCUUCCAGGGGAAGACGAACCUCUUCAUGCAUUAGUCACUGCUAACACCAUGGAGAAUGUCAAGAAGGCUGUAGAUCAGAUCCGUAAUAUCCUCAAGCAAGGCAUUGAGACCCCCGAGGACCAGAAUGACUUAAGAAAAAUGCAGCUGAGGGAAUUGGCACGACUUAAUGGUACUUUGAGAGAAGAUGACAACAGGAUCUUGCGUCCAUGGCAGACCACAGAACCUCGCAGCAUCACAAACACAACUCUCUGCACAAAGUGUGGUGGAGCAGGUCACAUCUCCUCAGACUGCAAGUUCACCAGUUCGUUUGCUGCACGGCCUGGUGAACCACCCCAGUCUGCUCAAGAUAAGGCACGCAUGGAUAAAGAGUACCUGUCCCUCAUGGCAGAGCUAGGAGAAGCUCCAGUUCCUAGCUCUGGAGGGGGCCACAGCAACCCUCCACCUAGUGGACCUCGUCCAGGAGGGCCCAACAACAACCAGCAACUUCAGAACCGUCCACCUUGGAUGAAUUCAAGCCCUACGGAUAACAGGAAUUACCAUGGUAUGCAUGGGGCCCCUGGUGGCCCUCACAAUUUUCCUCCACCAAUGCCAAACAUGGGUGGCCCUCCUAUGCCACCAAACCCCAGCGGAAUGCCUCCACCCUGGAUGCAGCCGCCACCGCCUCCAAUGGGCCAAGGUCCAGCACCACCUGGACACCCGAUGGGUAUGAUGCCACCACCCAUGGGAAUGAUGCCCCCACCUCCUCCUCCCCCCAACAACCAACCACCACCUCCUCCUUCAGGACCUCUGCCACCAUGGCAACAGCAGGCCCCGCCCCCACCACCCACCAGCAGCAUGGCAACCAGCGCUCCACUUCCAUGGCAACAAAAUACAACCACCACAUCCACCCCUGCCACUGCAAACCUGCCUCCAUGGCAACAGCCUCAGCAGACAGCCACCUCAGGCACUCAGCCCCCUCCACCCAUGGGCACCCCUUCUAUGGUGCCCCCUCCACCUGGGGUCCAACCGCCACUUCCCCCUGGUGCCCCACCUCCUCCACCACCCCCUCCACCUGGCUCAGCAGGCAUGAUGUACGCACCACCUCCCCCGCCCCCACCCAUGGACCCUAGCUUUGUGACCAUGAUGGGAAUUCCCGGAAUGCCACCUUACGGAAUGCCCCCAGCACCUCCUCCACCUCCACCCCAAAGUUAAAGGCUCUGUGUAGUCUUAUGGCUCUGUGAUCCAACAGUGAUGCCUAAAUAUGUACACGUAAACCACAGGACUAUACUUAGUUCUGUUCAUUUAACAGCUUGAUGUGUUUAGUUAAAGAUUUUUUCCGUGCUUGACCUCGGUUCAAAUAUUUUGCUCCUUUUCUUGUUUGGACAAGAAAAAUUGAGCCAGAGAAAGUAUGAGAGGCAUGGAGCGGUUAGAAUUUGUAAAUUUGCAUUAAUUGAUAAUGAUUUUAACUGUAGUAUUUUGAUCGGUUUUGGUAGAAUAUUUGUUCAUGCUGUUAAAAUGUUGAUGUGCAGGGAAUGUGUGUGUGUUUAAAAAUACUUUUUUUGUUUGUUUCUGCCAGCCUGCUUUUUUGUUUUCUUUAUGAUCCCUCUCCAGUAAGUCAAGAUCUGCAUAUGCUCAACUAGCAACAUUCCAACAGAUAGAAAUCACCAUUUAUUCAUUUAACCAAAACUCUUUAUCACAUUUGUUGCUGCAAAGUUUAAGACAUUUGUCUUGACUACAUUGAGGAGGUUAUUAACUUACUCUUGAGGGUUUUUGCGCUCGCCUUGUACCCCAACCCAUUUGUUUUUAUUUAACAAAUGUACGUUUGCUUUCCAUUGCCUUCCACCAAAUGUAUUUCAAUAUUUUUGUAAUGAAGCAUUCAACUAAAUAAAAGUUGGCAUGGCGUCA